AUGGGGGGUAAAUGGGCAGGUGGCCAGAACUUAGUGGAUGAGGACCUGUCCGAGGAUAAGCUAACGACCCGACUCGACCAUGGGGUGUUCACCUUCACCGAGGAGUACGCAUCCACGAUACCUCCGGCGAGAUUGUUCAAGGCCUUGAUCGUGGACUCUCAUCACCUCAUCCCCAAGCUCUGGCCCCAAGCUAUCAAGAGCAUUGACAUCCUCCGAGGUAGUCAGCUCAGUAGCAUGAAGAACAGUGUGGAUGAGCUGAACAAGGAGACGUUCGUGUACAAGCAUACGAUGAUCGAUCUUGAGGAGAGAUUUGAAUCCAUUGCUUAUGAAGUCAAGUUUGAGCCGACACCUGAUGGGGGGAGCAAGAACAGGAUGACCAGCACGUACUACGUCAAAGGCGACAUCGAGACUGGCAAAGAGAGAGCCUUGGGGAUGUACAAGGUCGUUGAAGCAUUCCUCCUCCAAAACCCUAACGCUUAUGUUUGA